GCAGGUGCGGCGACUGAUUAGUUCUUGCUCUUCGUCGGUCAGCUCCGACAUGCGGUAGUUCUAGGCGCAGAUUCUGGGGGGGACUUCAGGUCUCGGCGUGAACAACCGAGUGUGCGAUACGAAUCUAUCUCCUGUCCCCUCCAAGUCGCGAAAUCUCGUUGCUGAUUGUCUUCGUACCUCCUCACUCCCAUAUCUAGACAAGCAACCAUGGGCUCUAUUCCCCACGACGAGGAUGUCCUCCGCCCCAGUGCCGUUUCCGUUUCACUGCAAGAACUGAAGAAUGGAAGUGUAGAUCUGGAGACUUUGGAAAGGGCGUUUGGACCUGAGAGUCUGGGGAUUAUCGUUGUGAGGGACUUGCCGGAGGAGUUUGUGGGGUUGAGGAGGAAGGUGCUGAGUUAUGCGAGUUAUUUGGCGAAUUUGCCUAGGGAGGAGUUGGAGAAAGUCGAAAUCCCAGAAGCACGCUACAAUGUCGGCUGGUCUUGCGGCAAAGAGAAACUCGACAAUGGACAAUUCGAUACCUUCAAAGGCUCAUAUUAUGUCCAACCGAUCCAUUCAGAAGACGGCAAACUAGAAGCCAAGGCGCGAGAACUUUUCCCGCACAUUCCAGAUAUGACAAGUCCCAAUGUCUGGCCGAGUGAGGAAGCGAUGCCAGGCUUCGAGCAAAUCUUCGAACAGCUAUGUCGGUUAAUCGUCGACGUUGCAGGGCUCGUUGCAAGAAGCUGUGGUCGCUAUGGUGUGGCGAAACUUGAUGGCUAUCAAAAUGGGACUCUGGAGAAGAUUGUGAGAGGGAGUGUCAGUACCAAGGCAAGAUUGUUACAUUAUUUUCCUCCGCCUCCGAAAGCUGCUGGGGCCGAAGACAAGGGCGAUGAUGAUUGGUGUGGAACGCAUAUGGAUCUUGGUGCUUUGACUGGGUUGACUUCGAAUAUGUUCAUCGACGAAACGACGAAUUCUCCUGAUGUGAAGCAAGCACAACGAGACAAGAAUGGUCUCCUUGCAGAUUUGUCGGAAUUGGAGAAACAUCCUGAUCCGAAAGCUGGGCUGUGGAUCAAAGACCGCGCGGGGCGGACAACGCAAGUGGAUAUCCCACGAGACUGUCUUGCUUUUCAGACUGGUGAGGCUUUGCAAUUGAUUACGAGAGGAAAGUUCAGAGCUGUGCCACACUUCGUGCGAGGACCUGCGAGCGUGAUGGGUGAUGAUGGAAAGGAGAGGAAGAUUGCACGUAAUACUUUGGCUGUGUUCACGCAGCCGAAUUUGUGGGAGAUUGUGGACGAGAACGAGAAGUUGGACUUUGCUGGGCUGGCGAAGAGAGUUUUUGAGAAGACUUAUUGAGCUUAAGCCAUCCAUAAUGUAUCGCAGCCAGACGCCCUGAAGUCAAGUCAAAAUUGAAGCUGGAGGCCAGUUGCUGAGCAAUCAUAUAUCAG